AUGAGAACUCCAGGGAUCCUAAUAUUCGGCUUGGUCAUGGCACCCUGUGGAUGGAUCCUGGACCUGACCAGCACAGUCGCACCCAACUGGCGCACCAUUAACAACCUUGCAAAUUCAGCUACAGACCUGGUGGUGGAGCAGGGAAUUUGGGACAUCUGCAACACCUUUACAACAUCAAGAACACAACAGUGUAACCUUAGAAGCAAUGACCAAACAUAUUUUAACAAUCAGAUAAUAUCGAUUGCUCAAGGAAUGAUGAUCGCGUCCUUGAUUGUAACUGCGAUUGGUCUGGCUGUGGCAAUUCCUGGGGUCAGAUGCUGGAAAGACAAACCCAGAUGGAUACUGGCUGCCUUUGGUGGUCUCCUUAUCUUCUGCUCUGGAGUUCUGGCCAUCAUUCCCAUUGCAUGGUACACCUACCUGCUAACCAGCCUCAACUCCACCUCAAUUAAAAGAGAUCCGGCAAAACCAGAUGACAUUCGUGUGGGAUACUGUAUUGUUCUGGGCUACAUUGGAGGUAUCAUGGAGAUCCUUGGGGGCUUUGUGAUGUUUCUUGGGAUAAUCUCCUGCUGUGGAGGUCGGAACCGUGGAGAAAAGCCUCAAACCAAUGCAGGCAGAGCAACAUUUAGACCAAGGCCUGUCCCGAGGGUCAACCUACCUAGAAGCUACAAUGUAGGCAGUGAAAGAAGCAGUGUACCAUACUCUAAAAAGUCACUGGACGAUGACCUGGACUUCCCACGAGCUAAAACUCAAGACAGGGGGUCCGUCAACACAUCAUACACUGGCAGACCUUACGACGCUGAUCUGUAAAAUUACACACCUAAUGAUACAUUAUUUGACUGUGUGUACCAUAGGAAUUAACAUAUAAGACUUGAUGGCUGUUUAAACAAUUUGUGUGAACACACUUCACUGAAAAAAAUCUCUGAUUGCACAUGAUUGAAUUAGGUUUUCUUAAAAUGAUUUUCUCUUAAAAAAAUGGUUGGAUCUACCUAAUUUAAUAAUGUACACCAGUUCAACAGUAUUGAAUCAAGUUUUCUUAAAAUUAUAUUAAUUUUAAUUAAUGGUAAUUUUAUUUUACGAAAACCUAAUUUUAUUAUGUGCAACCAAUGUCCAGAAGUUUUUUUUAGUGUAGGUACACGACUUAAACAACUUGAUGCACCUGUCUUUUUCCUACUAUUGCAAGUCAUUCAUUGUCUCUGAAGUUGGACUUUCAAAAAAAAAAAGAGGGUUUUAGCUUGGAAUUUUUGAAUAUGACCCCAGUUAAGAGAACACUCAGAGUAAUUUUACAAUAAUGCAGCAAGUCUUUUAUAAAGUUUAAAUACAAAUAAUUGUGCAAUAUUUUCUUCUCUGUGUAAAUAAAACAUAUUUGUUUUUAAAGGACACUAACAUGUAAUACAACCUAAACAUAGUCAUACGGUUAAGAUGACUGAACCUUAGUCAUGUGGCAUAACCAGUAAUACAGGUUGUUUUAGUGUUUUCUAAAAAGCCUUGUUGAAUGUAAGCCAUGUUUGAACUAGCAGGUGAUCCAUUAGCCAUAUGAACUGAACUUUAUCAUCAAAAUGUGUUAUGGUAGACUCUGGGCAUGAAGUUUUGUGUAAAUUAAGUCAUUCUAAAACCAUAUAAAAUAAUUUUCAGAUAAAUGAAUAAGAUCAUAUUAUAUUUUUCCGCUGUUUGGAUCAACAGGUUUGUGUGCUUUUUGAAUGGUUAAUAAUUUUUGAUCUCUUUGUAACUUUC